GUCCUGCCCCCUCCCUGGGCGUGGGGGGAAUCUCCUGCGUGGUCAGAUUUAGCAUAUCGCAAUGAGCUGUCAAACUUCAAGGAAGAAAGUCGUAUCUGAGUCGGCAGCCUACAUUCCCUCUCAUUUCCAGGGGACACCUCCUGGGGAGAAGCCACUCGGCUCGCACAUUUCGCACAGACUUUUCCCAGAUAAAUAUUUUCACAACUGGAGAAAAGGAAUGAACAUGCAGGGAAAAGCCGCCGCGAUGCGUUUUGACAUUGAGAUUAUACUCGUGGUGAUUCUUGCCGCUGGUUCCUGCGCACUACCGGACAAAAAGGGUUGGAAAGGGAACCUGCAGACGCAUGGCCUGGCAGGAUUUGGGCUUGACACCCUCGGUGUAGACGGGGACAUGGCGGGGCCCAGGAAAGGGACGUCGCACAUAAUCAGGGAGAACAACUGCAGGGAUGGAGGGAUGCAAUAAAUUCUCAAAAAGGAUCUUCAUUGAACCCAGGCAGGCCCACUGACUGAUCUUCUUCUUGUUUAUUUUGCCAGGGAAUCAACAACAAGCUGACGCUCUUGGGGACACCAGAUGACCACUACAGGAACCUUGUGAGGAUGUACAGCAACUGCACCGUAGUGCUGGAGAACCUGGAGAUCACCUACACUGAGGAUUACCACGAUCUGUCUUUUCUCCAGACAAUCCAGGAGGUGGGUGGCUACGUGCUAAUCGCCCUCAACAAGGCAGCCAACAUCCCACUGGACAACCUGCGGAUCAUAAGAGGCCACACCCUCUACGAAGACAUGUUCGCCCUGGCUGUCAUGUCCAACUACGAGAAGCAGGUCACUACAAAGACGCAGAAUUUCACCAAGGGAGUGAGGGAGUUGUCACUGAGGAGCCUCACGGAGAUUCUAAAAGGGGGUGUGAAAGUGACCCGCAACCAUUUGCUGUGUAACGUGGAGACAAUUCAGUGGUAUGACAUCGUGGACAAGAACAGCAAUCCAGCCAUGGAGUUAAUAUUAGAGAAUAACAGCCAACACUGUGAAAAGUGUGACCCUGGCUGCUCCAAUGGAUCGUGCUGGGCACCAGGCCCAGAAAACUGUCAAACCUUCACCAAGCUAAACUGCGCGGAACAGUGCUCCCGGAGGUGUAAGGGCCCCAAGCCCAGUGACUGCUGCAAUGAGCACUGUGCUGCAGGAUGCACUGGACCCAGACCGACAGACUGCCUGGCUUGCCGAGACUUCCAAGAUGACAGUACAUGCAAGGACACUUGCCCCCCCCUCAUGCUGUAUAACCCUAACACUCACCAGCUGGUCGUCAAUCCAGACAGGAAGUACAGCUUCGGGGCCACCUGUGUUAAGGAUUGUCCACAUAACUACGUGGUAACUGAUCAUGGGGCCUGCGUUCGAACAUGCAGCGCAGACAUGUACGAGGCCGACGAGAAUGGGGUCCGAAAGUGCAAGAAAUGCGAUGGGCCGUGUCCCAAAGUGUGCAGUGGGCUGGGAAUGGGCCCGCUAACUGGAGUUUUGUCAAUCAACGCAUCAAAUAUAGACUCUUUCAGAAACUGCACCAAGAUUAACGGAGAUGUUUCUAUCAUUUCAACCACAUUCAAUGGUGACAGCUACACCAAAACACCGAAACUAGAUCUCUCUAAACUCAACAUCUUCAAGACAGUGAGAGAAAUUUCUGGAUUUCUGCUGAUUCAGUCUUGGCCAGAACGUCUAACCUCCCUCAGUCCAUUUGAAAAUUUGGAAAUAAUUCGUGGAAGAACCAAGCAGCUAGGUACGGUCAGUUUUGCUGCACUCAACAUUUCUAUCACCCACCUGGGUCUGUACUCCCUGACGGAGAUCAGUGAUGGAGAUGUGGUCAUCAGGAACAACCCCAAACUGUGCUACACCAGUAGCCAGCAGUGGAGGACGCUAUUCAAAUCAGACAAGCAAAGGUCUAAGGUGGAGGGCAAUGCAAACGCCACAGUGUGUAAGCUGCACAACAACACGUGUGACACCAUGUGCACAAAGGAGGGGUGCUGGGGCCCGGGGCCCACUAUGUGCUUCAGCUGCCUGCACUUCAUACGUAGGGGGCGCUGUGUGGACACCUGUAACCUUCUGCACGGGGAGCCGCGUGAGUAUGUGGAGAACACAACAUGCCUGCAGUGUGACCCCGAGUGCAAGCUUCAGAACGGGACAAACACAUGCCACGGCCCGGGCCCAGAUAAAUGCCUAGAGUGUGCUCAUUUCAAAGAUGGCUCCCACUGUGUCUCCAAGUGCCCUUCUGGUGUGCCGGGCGAGAGGGACACUUACAUAUGGAAGUAUGCCGAUAAAAUGAAGGCCUGCCAGUCAUGCCAUGAGAACUGCACUCAAGGAUGCACUGGUCCGGGUUUGGCAGGGUGUGACACCAAAAGUGGCUCUCGGCUGCCCCUGAUCGCCGCCAGCGUGGUGGGGGGGCUGCUGGCCUUCGUCAUCCUCUCCCUGACUGUCCUGGUGCUGCUGCGGAGGCGACACAUCGCGAGGAAGAGGACACUGAGGCGGCUGUUGCAAGAGCGAGAGCUAGUAGAGCCACUGACUCCGAGCGGAGAGGCUCCCAACCAGGCGCUGCUCCGGAUCCUGAAGGAGACGGAAUUCCGGAAGGUCAAGGUGCUUGGCUCUGGAGCCUUUGGGACCGUUUAUAAGGGAUUAUGGGUUCCAGAGGGAGAGGAUGUGAAGAUACCAGUGGCCAUCAAGGUGCUGAGAGAGGCCACAACCCCCAAAGCCAAUAAGGAGAUCCUGGAUGAGGCUUACGUGAUGGCCAGCGUGGACAGCCCCUACGUCUGUCGCCUGCUGGGCAUCUGCCUGACCUCCACUGUGCAGCUCAUCACCCAGCUGAUGCCCUAUGGCUGUCUGCUGGAUUACAUCAAGGAGAACAAGGACAACGUGGGCUCCCAGUACUUGCUCAACUGGUGUGUGCAGAUCGCCAAGGGCAUGUGCUACCUGGAGGAGCGUCACCUGGUCCAUCGUGACCUGGCAGCCAGGAAUGUCUUGGUGAAGACCCCCCAGCACGUCAAGAUCACCGACUUUGGCCUGGCCAAGCUACUCAACGCCGAUGAGAAGGAGUACCACGCCGAUGGUGGGAAGGUACCAAUCAAGUGGAUGGCCUUGGAAUCUAUUCUGCACAGGACCUACACUCAUCAGAGUGAUGUGUGGAGUUAUGGCGUGACAGUUUGGGAGCUGAUGACCUUUGGGUCAAAGCCAUACGACGGCAUCCCAGCCAAUGAGAUCGCAGGGGUCCUGGAGAAAGGCGAGCGUCUACCGCAGCCGCCUAUCUGCACCAUCGACGUCUAUAUGAUCAUGGUUAAAUGCUGGAUGAUUGACGCAGAAAGCAGGCCUCGUUUCCGGGAGCUUGUGGCUGAGUUCUCUAAGAUGGCCCGUGACCCACAGCGGUACCUCGUGAUUCAGGGGGAUGAGUGCAUGAACCUUCCAACGCCCACCGACACAAAGUUCUACCGCACGCUCAUCAGCAGCGAGGACAUGGAGGACGUGGUGGAUGCCGACGAGUACCUUGUCCCGUACCGCGGUUUCUUCAGUGGGCCCAACACCCCCCACACCCAGCCACAUCUUCUGAACUCCAUGAAUGGAUAUCCCAAUUUCAUCCUCCGUUACAUCACAGACCCCACAGAUGGCUCCUUUGAGAAGGACCUGCAAUCGAUUCCAGAAUAUGUGAACCAGAGUGAAACCGCUUUGUCAGACGUUAUGAAUCCAAACUACCAAGAUCCCGGGCCGCCCUGCCUCAGUCUGUCCUCUCCUGUUGGGGGCGAUGUUGAGGAGACAGAAGCUGAGUACCUUAAAUCCUUCAAAAGCAUAUCCGAGGGACCUGAGUACCUGAACACAGCACAACCCACCCUCCCCCGGGCCACCUUCACCCGGACUCGUCUCGGUGACUAUCAGACUAGCCUGGACAACCCAGACUAUCAACAGAACUUCUCCCCCACGGAUAAGUCUCAACUUAAUGGGCACUACCUGCCAGCUACAGAGAACUUUGAAUACUUGGGCUUGACCACUGCUGUACAGGCUGAGGUCCACUAGUGGAGUUAAGAGGAAUGAACAUUUCAGGAAAUAUUCCGUUUUUUUUUUCCAAACUUGUGAGAUUCCAGCUUGUGUAGCAGAAAGUGUUUCGGAGGUGUUACAGAUUGAUUUCAUUUGUAUUUGUCUUUGCUUGAAGUCAUAGAAGUCUGCUUUCAAGGCUCCAGUGACUGUCUGAGGAGAAACAACCAAAAUGCAGCACACAGGAAUCAUCUCUGACCUUUAAAUGACAUUUCCGUUACUUAGUUCAUAGUUUAUGUGUCUUAAAAGCUCUUUUUCAAUGGCUACCGUUCGUUUGGAAGCACCAGAGGUGUCAGGGCCAAGUGUACAUUUCAAGCCAUCGACACCUUUUAUCUUUAAGAUGUUUAAUGCGAAAUCUUCACACAAAGAUCUACAAGAGCUUCUUGUGUAUAAAUCCAUCAUUGAUCCAGUGCAAAACUGUGACCCACAGUCACAACUUUCUCCAAUUUCUCCUGUUUGUUGGUUGUUUGUCUAAAAUGUGAAUAAGAAGGACGUGGGCCAAUAGAAGAAAGAACAUACAGAUCUGUGAUGAUCUGUGAUGCUCGUAUGGGCAAAUAUAGCUUAGAUUUAGAGUUAUAAUUUUACACUUUUGACCUUGAGGUCAUACACACAGUGAUAAACAGUAAAGAAGACAUUGUUGACGUCCUUGUUGGAUACCAGGAUGUGUAAUAUAUACAGAAUGCUACUUAUUGUCACAUGGUAUUUAUGUCAGAAUGUAAUGAUAUACUGCCAAACAUGUAUGCUUUAAUAUGCUUUUAAUUUAUGCUUUUUGUAUAAACGGCCAUUGAUGAUUGUUUAUAUUUUUUAUUUCAAUGCCAAGAUUCUCUAUGCUUUGGGAUACCGAGGUCUGUCGUAGUAUUGGGGUUUAACUUUAUUCAAAAAGCUGGAUCAACCAUCUCCGUCUGUUUUUCCAUGUGAUUUAGCUUUUGCUCUUCCUUGUUAAACUGCUUCACAUAGAUGUAAUUUAACAAUUAGGAGUGUCAAUUAAUGUUCAUUUCAAAUGAGGUUAGGGUAGCAAGUCUUAGAAUGUAGUAGCACAAUAUUUUUAAUGGAAAAAGCACUCAGUCUGGAAGUGCUUAAAAUAAUUUAUUUUACCCAAAGGUUGAAUUUGAAAUUAGCCUUUAAUAAUUGAUGUUCAAUUGUGGUUAUGUUAUUUUACUUUCUUAAUCUAGGUUAAGCAUGGAAAUGCCAUUUCAAUGUAAUGAAAUGUGUUUUAAAGCUAAUGUUGACCUUUUCUAUACUUCCGCCCUGUCUCAGUAAAAUGUAUUUUCAUGGAGUGAGGACAGUUAAAUAAUCAGUUUUACCAUGAUUAUCAGAAUGAAACUUCAAGUAGCAAGUUGUUGAUUUGAGAUGUCAACUACAUUUUUUAAAACCAGUUUUACUAUUCAUUAGAUUUUAAACGUCAAAACAGAAUUCAAUACAAAAAUGGCUCAUUUUGGAAGAUUUUAUUCGGCAUAUCUGACUCGACAGAAGAUCGAAAGCCAUUAUUAUUAUUAGACAUCAUUGAACCGAUGUGGAUGGAGACUUUUAGACUGCAUUGCUUCAGAACCUUCUGUUUCCUCGAGAUCUUCAGAUUUUUGAGUUCAUUCAUCUUCUUCUUGGAUUGUCCUUUUCUUCUCCUUUUUUCAACUAUUGCAAGUAAUAUGAUCGUUUCCAAUGCACUGGGUCUUCUCAAGUGAAAGUCUUAAUUUUAUGAAGAAUCCAUUUGUUUUCCAUGUGGUGCAAAGCUUUUUCUUAGAAGUCUUCGCCCAAACCACAAUUCAAAGGCUGCUGUGCUUCUUCAUUGUCCAGCUUUCACAUCCAUAGGAAAUAGUAUAUUCUGAACAAUUCUAAUCUUUGUUCUUAGAGAUACUUCAGUACUUUUGAUGAUUUUACUCUAGGCUCUUCAUCAUUGUUGUUGAGGUUUGAUUCAAGGAGUCAAUAGUCGUCAUGACCUGUAGGCCUUCACCAGCAACACUACACAUGGCUGCAGCUUCCGUGGUCAUAACCUUGGUUUUCUUCACAUUUAGCCUCAUAUUUUCAUUUUGCCCUUUAACGGUUCUUAUAAAGGUCCUCAUGUACCUUUUGUCUUCUGCUGAAAAUGUGUUGGUAUAAUCUCAUUGAAGGUUGAUAACAUUGCUUUCUUCAAUCGACUUCUAUCUUUACAUUCUGUUCUACAUACAAGCUAUCUAAAUGCAUACAGGGAGGAUAUUAUUUUUUGACUGGCCUGGCCUGACUUUGGAACUCACCAAGAGUAACACAGUUGCUAUGGGAUUGGUUGGUCUGCAUGCAUCCUCCUUAACCAACUAGAUGAAUGGUCUAGACAAGUCAUGAAUGGAUGGACUGAUGGGCAUUGAGUUUGGUAAUAUUCUUAUACUACGUGUAAUAGAUUCCUUUUAAGAGUUGUAUAAAAGGAUAAUAUUCUGCAUUGACUUCAUAUAGCAUUACACAAAUAGAAUUACUUGCUAGAAUUGAUUUUAUUUUCCAUUUUGGAAGUAGAAUAAUGCAAGUCUUUUCUUUUGACCUUAAACUUGAAUAUUAUAACCUGGUAAACACUGUGAAUUUUGUUUUAUACUUUUUCUCUGUUCUGAAAAGUUCUCUCACUUUUGGAGAAGUAUUAUUAGCCAUUGGUGUUACUGUUGAUUGUUUGUUGUUUAAAAGAGAUCUGGUACAGUUGUUAAGCCACUUGAAGGCUCCUUUUAUGAUGCUUUCGUUAUUAUAAACAUGUCAAAGCAGGUUAGGACAGCUUAUUGUCAUAAUCUGAUUAACAUAAAAUGUUAUGAUGAAGUGACAUAAACAGUAUUUCACGUUUAAUAUCUUAUGUCACACGUUUACUAUGAGACUGCUGUCAAAAUUCAUUAAAACAUUCCAGUUAUUAUUCAUAA